GCAAUGCGGAAGUUGACAGUUGAAGUGUAAAAACCCACACAUUCGUGGGUGGAUGUUUUUUUUUUUAUAUAGCGGGGUACGGCGUUACCGGGCCAGCUGGAGUGGUUAUAUAAACUCUACCGGACGACUCGACGCCUGUACCCGGGCUUUGGCACGAUGCUGUGCGCCGCCGCCGCGGAGAGGAACAAGGAGCCUAUUCUGUCGGUGCUCCGGGACAGCGUUAACACCGGGAGACUCCUGCAGGCUCUGGAGAUAUCAUCCGGCACCGGGCAGCACGUCGUUCACUUCGCUCAGGCUCUGAGGAACAUAACCUGGCAGCCGUCCGAGUACGACCGCCAGUCGCUCGUCAGUAUAGAAGCUUACAGAGCUCACUACCAGCUGCCCAACGUGAAGCCCGCCGUCCACCUGGACGCUUCUCAGCCCUACCAGUACUGGGGAGGCAUUCCGCCCGAAAGCCUCGACCUGGUGCUCAACAUCAACAUGAUCCACAUCUCUCCCUUGUCCUGCACCGAGGGUUUGUUCAAAGGGGCCGGAGCGCUGCUCAAGCCGCAGGGUCUUCUGUUGACAUACGGGCCAUAUGCAGUGAAUGGCCAAAUCCACCCCCAAAGCAAUGUGGACUUUGACUACAGUCUAAGGCAGAGGAAUCCAGAAUGGGGACUAAAGGAUAUCUCAUUUCUCAAUUCGGUGGCAGAAAAAAAUGGUUUGUUCCUGGAGAAAAUAGUGGAGAUGCCAGCAAACAACAAAUGCCUUCUGUUCAGGAAGGAGAGUUUGGUGUGAUCCGUCUUGAAGGAGCAGGAUGGUCAAAGCGCCUUUUACUUCCACUUGAAUCAUUGCCUGCGUAACUUAACACACAUUAUUUCAAUAUUGUUAUUCACUGUGGCAAACUAUUAUUGCGUAUUGCACAGUUUAAACGCUUUUAUGUUUUAUUUCAUGUACUCUAAGACGGACAGGUGUUCUAUUAGUAACUAAGCAUAAGUGCUUUUUAGAGGUAGAUAAAAGAGAAAAUACAGUAGAUGACAAAACACAUGAUUACAGGGGCAAACACACGCAAAUGUUUCUAAGAGCACAUCACAUAUAAGACUAUGGGGGAUAUAUAGCGGGGGGGGGGGGAGGGGACUGUUUUAAAUACUACAGAAUGGGUUUUAGUCAACAUGAAGAUUUCUUUUUUCAGCUUGCAAUUCUAAAAAAACGUCACAAAAUGGCUCUGAAAAAAAUCAUCUCACAACAUCCUGAAUGUAAUAAAACCUCUGUUGGACUGAAUAUAUACAACUGAUCGUUCUUACUUUAAAUAAAAGUCUAUAAUCACUUA